GAAGCCGCCAAAUAAACAUUUGCCAACAUUUGUUGUGGAUGUGCAGCUCCCAGAAAAAAAGACCGCAAAAUUUCAGCUAAAAGCAAAUGAAACCACUUACCGAUGGCGAAAAAACCGAACCACAAGCUUAAGCUGUUUCGCAUAACAAACCUGUACGAUGUGACGGCCCACCAGCUGUCCCUGUACGUGCAGGGCUUACAUCGCCACAUCCGACGGCAAAGUACCCGCAUACAGAGGCUCAAAAAGAAGAUUCACGCACUGCGAGUGCAACGCAAGUUCCUACGACAAAAUGGUACAAAGGAGAAGGAGCAACCGGCAGAGGAAGGCGAAUGUCCUGCCCAGGAAGAGGAUGUUCCCGAGGAACCGCUCGAUAUAAAAGCAUUUGUGGACGACAUCAAGAAGACGGCUCAGGAUGUGGACAUUCAGAAUAGAUACAUCUACGAGCCCACGUCCGGCAUGUAUUACGAUCCGGCGACGGGUUAUUACUACAAUUCGAUUUACGGCUUACAUUACGAUGGCCACCGCGGCUGCUACCUGAAGUAUAACGAAGAAACGAAGGAGUACGAUUUCUACUCGCAAGUCAUUCCCGAAACAAUGGUAGAGGCCGAACCGAAUGCCAAACAAAAGAAAUCGAAACGCUCCGAUGCGGCGCGUGAAAAGAAAGCUCGACCGGGCGAUAGCGAUGACAGCGAGCGUAGUAGUAGUAGGCGACGGAGCCGAAAGCGUAAUCGAAAGCAGAAAAAAUCACGGUCCCAUCGGAAGCACCGUCGCCGUCGUUCGCACUCCACCUCGGAGUCGGACUCGAGCGACAGUAGCGAGGCGGUGCGCUCGAAGCGUUCGAAAAAGAAACGGAAAUCGAAACGGCGCCAUCGCUCGUCGUCCUCGGAUGGGAAGACGGUGGUCAAGGAGGAGGGCGAACUGGAGAGUAGCGAAAGCGGCGAUUCCAACUCGGUCGGUUCGGUGAUAGAGGUGAAAUCGAGCGCGGAAGAUAGUGCCGACUCGCAGACCGAACAGUUUCAAACGGGCUACAAAGAUGUAGCGAAACGGUACCCGCCGUCCCUGCGCAUGAUAGUGCAGGAGACGAACGUAAAAGAGCUUAAAAUCGGUUCGCUCUUCAUCGUGACUUGCAAGGGUGGAACGUUGGGCCGGGAGGGCAACCAUGACGUGAUCAUACCGGACAUAAACGUUUCCAAAAAGCAUCUACAGUUCAUGUACAACGACCGCAAGGCCACGUACCAGUUUGUGGAUCUUGGUUCGCGCAACGGCACCCUGUACAACGGUGUGCGGGUAAAGCGGGACGAGCAGCAGGCGCAGAGCGAACCGCAAAACCUCUCGCACGGUAGUAUUCUGCAGCUCAAUCAAACAAAGCUGCUCUGUCACGUGCACGAAGGCAACUCGACGUGCGGCAAGUGCGAGCCGGGACUGCUGGUAAGCGUGGAGCCGGUCGUUGUGCCGGAAACGGUUUCAAAGAUCACCAAACCCGUCUCGCACAAGGAAGGCUUAAAGUUGAUACAGAAGCGUUUCGGGCUGGAGAAUGAGAAGUACGUCGGUUCCGGUGAACCGGGUGGUAACAGUGUCGAUUACAAGGACCGGGCCGCCGUCCGGCGCAAGGUGAAGGGAAGCUCGAACGAGCACGAAAAAACGCAGGUCGCCUCGCUCGAUCAAUCGAUCAGCAGCAGCAACAAGGGCUUCCAGAUGCUGUCCAAGCUCGGCUGGAAUGAGGGCAAACCGCUCGGCAAGAACGAUACCGGUCUGACCGAACCGAUCGCACUGACCACGAACGUGGGUACGUCCGGGCUGGGCAGCCACGGUCAGAUGGCGAUCGGUGGUGGUCCGCACAACGCGAAACCGAUCGAUCCCCGGCGGCAUAGCAUUUGGCGCAAAACUCAGGAACGCUUCGAACGGUCCACCGUGUUCGAGGCGGCAAGCAGCGAAGAUACCGAGUGAGCACGGUUGAUGUGAGAAUAAAUCGGUGUUAAUGGAUGUAAAA